AUGAGCGAAACGACGAGUAGCCCCAGAUUCGACGGAUGGUCGAAUCCCAACGACGCAAGAAAGUCUCCAGUCCAGACUCAGCGGCCAGAGAAAAGAAAAAGGACGGAAUCCGAGGACCAUGUCACGAGAGAAUUUGGGCUGAUGAGGAACGGCGGCAAGAAGGGCUUGCCUCGCUUCAUCGGCAGCGGCAGUGGGAUCUACUUCAUACGGACCGUAUAUGAUAUACUAUCGCGAAAUGCACGCCCGGUGGACAAGAACAAUGUUCGAGGUGAUCUUGUCCCGGGCGAAGAAGACGAACUUGUGGAACCUGGGCCAGAACAGAUUGAAACCCCCGCUACUCGAUCCCGUGCACCAUUUUGGCGGCAAGACGAGAUAAUCGAGGAUACAGCGCGAGGUGCGCCGACAGUUAACUUUGACCACUUGGUGCAGUGGACGAAGAGCUACUUUGAGAAUUGGCACCCAGCGUACCCAUUCCUACACGGACCCGAAGUCUUGCAAACAUUUGAGAGGGUCGCAUCCGUCGGCAUCUCUAAUAUCAGCGAAGCAGAUGCAACCAUAGUCCGAUCAAUGGUAUCAAUAUCCCUAGCCGACUCUCGACAACUUGGCGUACAUCAGUCUGCUAUUCCCAACAAUCUCGUGUUUCUCAAUUCUGAGCACAUUGCCUCGAGUAUAGUUUUCGCGCUUGGGUGUCCUGCCUCUCUGAAGAGCCUACAGGCCGUUUUGUGUGUUCAGCUUUUCCUAGUAUCCAUGCUCAGAUAUAACAUGGCCUCCAGGCUCGGCGGCGUUAUUGUGAGAAUGUCAUUUCACCUUGGUCUUCACCGAUGCCCGGUGCGUUAUUCCAACUUCAACAACCACGAAGCGGCCAUGCGGAAGCGGAUAUGGUGGUCUUUAUAUGGCCUAGAAAGGAUCGUCUGCCAAUCCCUUGGCCAUCCACUAGCUAUAGUGGAUGAUGACUGCGACGUCUGUCUUCCCUUGAACGAAUUACACAAGGAUUCUCCAGCGGGAGAGUCAGCAGAAGCCAGACCUCUCCUGUUCAUGACACUGAUUGCAAAGCAUGCUCGCCUCCGCGGACUCAUCCUCGAGCUGCGAAACAAGUCCAUAGCCGCUCGUCACGAUACCGUGGAUCGAGCUUUGCAUGUGCAAUCUGAGCUCGCGAAGUGGGCCAACGAGGUUCAAGAAAAAAGUGAAGGCCGACUAGAAUUCGAAGAUGAGAAUAAUGACUCGUCAAACUCAACAAGAAUAUCACCAUUCCAAGGAUCUCUCCUAAUGAUUAAAUAUCACGAAUCCAUUAUCAACUUGAACCGACCUCUUUUGGCCUCCAAUGUCAAGUCACCUGCCUCACGGGCAGCGCUACAAUCGUGCAUCAGUUCCGCGAGAGCAUUGAUUGAUGCAAUUAUAUCAAACGACCCUCGACAAAAAGGUGCAUCCUCCCAGAAUAUCCUACUCUAUCCCUCGAUGACUUGGUCCGUCUGGAUGGGCUGUUUUGUGCUCACAUAUGCCGCUCUGGAAGGGGAGACGACGCUUUCCUCGGCGCAAAAAUAUGCAAGAAAAGCGUUGUAUAUUCUCAAGCAGCUUUCGGCUAGGGGUACCGCGUGGCCCGAAUCAUGCGCUCGUGGAGUCGAGCAUCUCGCAUCUGCCCUCCAGAGAAAACAAGACGAAGGUUAUGAAGUCAUCCAAGAAACCCCGGUUAGUCCAACGAAUAGCAAUGGGCAACAGACACGAGAGGCAGCUAUUCGUUCAGAUGGUUCAUGCAAUCGCUCCAAUCCCGACUCACAGGGCCAAAUUCCAUCAGAGAAGGCCGGCGGGACCCCAAACUUGCCUGCCACUCCAACGGCCAGCCAGGAUGGACGUCGGUCAUCCCAGGUCACAUCAUUAGGUGGACCAGAAUCCCGCUUGCAAGAUCGAGCGGGUAUCUUUACCUCGCAGAGGCCUUCUCAGUCCAGCGAGCUGCAUAGCUUUCAGUCUCGUGUUGGCCUAGGAACAGCACAGUUCACUCCAACUCAAACCCCAAUGCCCGUUUCUGACAUGCUCCCUGCAAUGGAUAUUUAUAGUCAAGAGUGGUUUGAUCCUCUCGGACCAUUGGACUUUUCCAAUUUUGCACAAAUUGGGCUGACAGAUUCAACCCUCGGUUUUGGAUUUUCAUGA